UUUUUCGGAUUCCUUCGCAACGCUUGUGCUUGUUAUUAGUACUGUGUACAAGUGGUCAAUAGACCAACUUACCCGAUGAUUUCUCAUCGUGUGGGUGUAUGUCAGCUAGCAAUUAAAAGAUGUCUAAAACAACAUGCCUUGGCAUAUCACAAGAAUGUCAUAGAUCAUUACGAAAACCCUCGUAAUGUAGGCUCAUUCGAUAAAAAAGACGCGUCUGUCGGCACCGGUUUGGUUGGUGCACCGGCCUGUGGAGAUGUUAUGAAGCUCCAAAUAAAGGUCGAUGAAAAUGGUAAAAUAAUUGAUGCAAAAUUUAAAACAUUCGGUUGUGGUUCAGCGAUUGCAUCUAGUUCAUUGGCAACUGAAUGGGUCAAGGGUAAAACUAUUGAUGAAGCUGCAAAAAUCAAAAAUAGCGAUAUUGCCAAAGAGUUAAAACUUCCACCAGUCAAGUUGCAUUGUUCUAUGCUUGCUGAAGAUGCUAUCCAGGCUGCCAUUACAGAUUAUAAGAAAAAGUCUACUUAAUAAACAUUAUACAUCAUUCUCACACAAAUUAAUCUCACCAUCGUAUUCGCUAUCACAAUUUCUCAUUUCAUUUGAACACAGACAUUAUUAUUUCAUACCACUCCAUAUAAUUAGUGAGAGUCAUUUUGUCAUGUAUACUAUUUAGUGAUAGUGUAUUAAAGUAAAUAAAAUUUAUUUUUACAUACCAAAAAAAA